AUGACGCUACUUGUUCAAUCUCAUGUAGUCGUUGGUCGCUGGGGCGCGGGUCUGCUCAUAGUGACUGAACUGGUACCACUCAUUGUCACGGUGAAGGGUGACAUGAAGCCCAACUUCAUUCUGAUGCUCUUUCUGUCCACUUUGGCUGAUUGUCUGUUUGCGAUUUGGGCUUUUUUGCCGAAUCCAAUUCAGCUAAAUUGCCACACACAAGCAAGUCACGACGUCCAGUUUCGCUGCUAUGACUGCUGUCGGCGGGCGUGGCGACGUGAGCAAACGGUUUCACGUGUCAGAUCAAGACCGCUUCACGGCUGA